AUGUCCGACGCUCGAAACAGCCAGCUGAUCACCGACGCCAACAAGGCUUUCUAUGAGCUCACUGCCGCCGAAUACGACAACAUGGGCCGGGGCAUGGUAGUCGAGGUUGCCAAGACCAAUGCCGCCAACAUCCUUGCCCGCGUCCCCAACAUCGGCUCCUCAAUAACAGAGCUGAUGGACUUUGCCACUGGUACCGGCCUGCUCGCCAUGCUCCUCGCCCCACGUUGCAAGUCAGUCACGGCCGUUGAUCAGUCGGAAGCCAUGAUACAACAGCUACAGAAGAAGCUCGAAGCCCAGUCGGACGCAGGAGAGAGGAUCGACAAUAUCGUCCCCAUCGUCAGGAACAUUCUCGACGAUUCUGUUCCGAGCGCGUUGCAGAAGUUUGACGUCAUAACUUGCACCAACUCGUAUCACCACAUUCCUGAGCCGGAGAAGGUGACUCAGGUGCUGGCUAGCUACCUCAAGCCAGGCGGAUACCUCGCCGUUGUCGAUCUGAUCAAGACGGAAGAAUCAGCCGAGUUUCACAACGCUCCCAGGACUUUCGAGCGAGAGGAUGGGUCCCAUAAGCAGGUCGAAGAGUUCGGUGCAAAGCCGGCGGAUGAGCACCAAAGGGACACAGCAGCACAUGGACACGAGAGUCACCACGGUCAUCAACACCAUGAACAAUCUCGCCAUCAUGGAUCCUCUAGCGGCCACAAGACGCACAAGCACGAGCACGUAAUAGCACAUAGAGGCGGUUUCACUGACGCAGAGAUGGAGGGCUUCUUCUCUGCAGCUGGUCUCAAGUUGGUCAACAUGGGCAAGUCGGCACAGUUUGUGAAAGACGGCAAAACCUACGACAACUUCCUCGCCAUCGCUCAGAAAGCUUUGUAG